CUACCAGCCUGCCCCACGAUAUCGCAUGUCUGGCACCACCCCUGCCUGUGGCGUUGAACGCUUCUAAACCCUCAUGUCUACCGUCUUUUCUUCCCUUGUGCGGCCGCAAAAGUCCCGCCGGCUUUCAACGCCCUUCCGAGGAGCGCCUGCUUCUCCCCCUUCAAUCGACAGCCAUGGCCUCGACGAGCCCGAUCUCCGCGACCUUAACACAUCGCUCCAGGUGCUUACCGACGUCUUCCCAGACAUCCAACCCGAGGUCUUUCGUGAGAUGCUCUCGACGUUCAGCGAAGAGAGCAGACUGCAGGUCAUCACAGAGACAUUGCUGAAACAUGCCAACAAAUAUGUGCGCGGACGGUACAGGAUGCCAGCGGAGCAAGAGGAGCAGCGAGAGACGGCGCAAAAGUACAAGUAUCGCAAGGAGGAUGCCCCUAGAGACACACGCGGCGUGCCGCUUGCCCUCGAAGACAAGUUUCGCUCGCGGCGCUACAAGGAGGCGGCAAAGGAAGCGCUAUACCAGGAGUUCAAAGGCCUCAGCCAUUCCACCAUCAAGGCGGUGCUCGCCGAGUACAACUGGAGCUAUUCACAUGCGCGGCCGACGCUACUGGACCUGUCGACUAGGAGUUGGAGAUUAAGCAUUACGAAUUUCCUCAUGCGACGCAAAGCGCCCAACGCAAACGACCACCCCUUGGUGGUAUGGACCCCCGCCGACGAGCGGCUGAACCGACCGCCCAUGCCCAUGCUGGUGAAGACGAGGAGCGACGAGCUGAACCAAGAGCUCUACAACGCCCUGAUUGUCCCGGAACACGAGCGGUACCGCGCCGAGCAAUUGAAGCGAGAUUACGAAUUGGCGCUCAAGUGGAACGAAGAGGAGGCUGAACAGGAGGGCGAGAUGUACGAUUGCGAGUGCUGCUUUAUUCCCAACACCCUCGAGCAAAUGUCGGCCUGCGAUGUCCAGGGCCACUAUAUUUGCUUCCGCUGCAUACGACAUGCCAUCAACGCUGCGCUCUACGACCAAGGCUGGGCGCGCAACAUCAACAUCGAGUUCUGCACCUUGAAAUGCAUCGCGCCCAUGACGGGCGGGUCUGACGAGUGCACGGGUUGCAUACCGCUCAGCUUUGUGCAGCGCGCGCUUGACUCGGAGCAAGACGACAAAGACAACUUUGCCAAACUCAACGAGCGUCUCGCCAGCGACGCAUUGACGCGCUCGCAGCUGCCACUGGUCCAAUGCCCGUUUUGCCCUUAUGCCGAACUCGACGACCUGGCGCUCCCAAACACCAGUCUCCUGAGUAACCUGCACUUCAAGUCCCAGCCCAUUGUCGUCGCCCUGCUCGUCUCGAUCCCGCUCCUUGAACUCCUGUGCUUCAAAGCCGCACAAGUCGUUCUCCUCGCCUUGCUGCUGCUAUACGGCUGUGUAGCCGUGGCCCUGCGCCUCCCGAUCGUCGCGCCCUUCAAAGCCGCCCUGCGCCGCAUCCACCUCAAGCGACGGGGUCUCCGCUUCCAGUGCCUAUCUCCCAGCUGCCAGCGGGCCUCGUGUCUAGGGUGCUCACUGCCGUGGCACGAUCCCCACACGUGUUUUUCCUCGCAACUCACAUCGCUGCGGCUCACUCUCGAGCGCGCCACCACCGACGCCGUCAAGCGCACGUGUCCGCAAUGCAAUCUCGGCUUCGUCAAGUCCGAGGGCUGCAACAAGCUCGUGUGUCUCUGUGGCUACAGCAUGUGCUACGUGUGUCGCCAGGGCCUCGCCACAGAAGGCUACCAGCAUUUCUGCGGCCACUUCCGCGAGAACCCGGGCCUCCCCUGCGACGAGUGCAACAAGUGCGAUCUUUACCGUGUUGAAGAUGAAGAUCGCGUUGUGAAGCGCGCGAAAGAGAGGGCCGAGGCUGAGUGGUGGGAGGCGCAGGGCGAGGGCGCCAAAGAAGGAUUGCAGAUGCAAGUUGCGAAAGAUAAGGGCAUCGAGGGAAGGGGCAUAUUGGGACUCAAGAGGAGUAGGUGGGAAGCUUGGAUUGAGAUUUUGCUGGAUUCUUUGCUCGUUUGAUCAAGGUUUAUUAUCUCUUUUUUUUUCUUUCUCUCUCUCUCUCUCUCUCUCUCUCUC